AUGCCCCAAGGGCUUGAAUAUGCUCGCCCAAACGCAUCACCAACUUAUUCUGCACCGCCACCCAAGUCGAGAGGCAGCGAGAGGAGGAGCAGCUCUGCCCAUCCUCCGCCAUCCGGCAGCCAACAAGACGGACGCGCCAAGCUAGGCAAGAGGCGUCCUUCACCACCAGCCCAACUACCGCGUGUAAGGAGCAGCUCGGCGCACCCGCCUACAACUCGGUCCUCGACAUUCGACAGCUCUCGAGCUGUAUCCUCGCCCGUGGAGCCCAGGCCAGUAUCAAGGAACUCCAAUGAUGGUGACGGCCGCGGAAGGCUGAGGCGGACCUGGAUGCCCGGGGGGAGGUCGAGGUCUGGUUCCGUCUCGAAAGAUCUGAAGAAGAUGUCGCCAACCAAGGCAUGGAUUAUGGCGGCCGACAGCCAUGCAGAUUAUAACACCUCUUUUCUACUCAACGGCGACAAGGUUCCCGAGCUCUGGAAUGAGAACGGACGCAUCCUUGUUCAUCUUUAUCCUAAAGGCAGCGGAAGAGGACCCUCCUUCAAAAUUCCUGCACAGUCGAUAGAAGCUUCGAUAGUGUUCCACGAGCUGAUCCAGGGAGAAUUGGACAGCAGCAGACAUCAACGUACAAGAAGCACAAGCUUCACUGGCCGCGACAGCCUGAUGGCGGAGGACGCCACCCGUCUGCCCCAGAAUCCCGCCAUGCCAGAGCUCAUGUCAGGCGAGGUCCGUCUGUACAUCCCGCCUCCCAUGCCGCACCAUGAACGCGCGCACAACCAGGGUGACGCGGGCCAGCCCGAUCUGCAGCGCCUGAUAGCAGUGCGGAAUCUCUUUGCCUUCCUGACUGGCCAGCCGCUUGUUGGGACCAAGGCACACCCGACCAUCUUUUCCGCAUUCCUGCAGAUAUCGUCACUGCUGAAGGAAUUCGACUUCAUGAGCAUGGACGGGACGACCUGGGGCGAGGCGGUUGAUAUGAGCUUUGGUUUCUACAUGGCCCAGCUGGCCCUCGCCGACGUGCGCCAUAGUCGCGAGAAGACGGUCGAAGCUAUCAUCUUGGGCGAGCGGAUGAAGUGCUGGGAGCUGUACAAUGAGGCAUACACCCACGCGGUCGGCAAAUGGCAGGCCAUCGUCUCUCUGAACUCGCCAUGGACGCAGUACAUCUCUCCAGAGGUCCGGCGACGCCUCGAGCGGGCCAACCUAGAUCUGCGCAACCGGCAGGAUAGCGUGAACUCGAGACUAGAAGAGUUCGAAUUUCCGGCGCUCUUCGCUGGCGUGGCGGGCUCUUCGGAGUUCAGAGACGUUCGUUUCAAUAGGUGGAAGGCCGCCUUCACGCGGAUGAAGAGCUUUACUCAGGAUUACUACAAGGGUCUGUUCGGGAGCUGGCCGCCCAAGGCUAGGAGCAAGAAGAACCCCUUCUCGGAGAAUGGCCUCAACAGAUUGGUGCUAAAGGCGUUGUACGCGGACUUGUGUUCUUUGUAUGACCUGUUGGUGGACCGCGACUCUCUGACCCCACGCGUCAUCGACCAGGCGCCAGAAGAAGUGCCCGACAAGGAAGGCGACCAGAACAUCAAGGCUUUGAGAAAGAUGUUGUCAGAGUUCGACCAAUCAUCUCCGCCUGUUCUACCGCCAAUUCCUUUCGACAUUCCCAAGGUACCAACCAUGAAAUCCGUGUUGGCAAAGUACGACGAGAUGAAGGAGAAGGACCGUGCCAAGUUCGAUCGCAAGAUCAAGGAGCACGAAGUUCAACUUGUCCUGCACAAGUCGUACAAUUUCGAUACGGACAGCGUUGCCACAUCUUUCCUCGAACAAUUCAAGGAUUUCGAUUUCGAUAUGGCCCGAGGCAAGAACUCGAGCGAGAUGGCUGACAACCGCAUGGGCAUCUGGCUCUUCCUAUAUGUGGUGAUCCAAUCUCUCCCCCUCCUGGUCAUCGAUGCACCCGACCUGCAGUUCACCGAGGGUGUCGAGUACUUCCUCUGCCAGCCACCAAUGGGCAACGCCCCGUGGAUCGAAGAUGCUGGUGCGACACGGAAGGCCUGGUACCAGAUCCCCGGCAGCUCUGUCAAGGUCGAGCUUUCUGCGGACGUGGUCAUGUUCUCCGUCGAGGGCACGUACGAGCGGUCCCACUGCUGGGAAGUCGCGAAGCUCUGGGACGAG